CUGUUGAAGGUAACGAUGGCAGCAUUACUAGUGACACUGUCACUGCUGUAACCGCCUUCCAUGCAGUCACUGAUUCCAUGACGGGUAAGGUUCUAUGUUAUGCUGCACACCCAUCACAUGUGCUUUACAUGUCCUGUGUCACGUUCUAUCUUCCUCUUUCUUCAUUUGAUGUUGGUAUAGUAAUGAUAUGUACUACGGUAGCGCUAUAUGUAAUAUUUUACUGUAAUAUGUACUAUGGUAGCGCUAUAUGUAAUAUAUUACUGUAAUAUGUACUAUGGUAGCGCUAUAUGUAAUAUAUUACUGUAAUAUGUACUAUGGUACCGCUAUAUGUAAUAUAUUACUGUAAUGUGUACUAUAGUAGCGCUAUAUGUAAUAUAUUACUGUAAUAUGUACUAUGGUAGCGCUAUAUGUAAUAUAUUACUGUAAUGUGUACUAUGGUAGCGCAAUAUGUAAUAUAUUACUGUAAUAUGUACUAUAAUAGAGCUAUAUGUAAUAUAUUACUAUAAUAUGUACUAUGAUAGCGCUAUAUGUAAUAUAUUACUGUAAUAUGUACUAUGGUAGCGCUAUAUGUAAUAUAUUACUGUAAUAUGUAGUAUAAUAGAGCUAUAUGUAAUAUAUUACUAUAAUAUGUACUAUGGUAGCGCUAUAUGUAAUAUAUUACUAUAAUAUGUACUAUGAUAGUGCUAUAUGUAAUAUAUUACUGUGAUAUGUACUAUGGAAGCGCAAUAUGUUACUGUUUCCUGUAUUAUGGCACGUUAGCGCAAUAUAUAAUAUCUUACUCUUACAUGUAAUAAGUGAUUUCUGUCUUGGAUAUUGAUACAUUGUGUCACUUUCUUUCAGCUGUUGAAGGUAACGAUGGCAGCAUUACUAGUGACACUGUCACUGCUGUAACCGCCUUCCAUGCAGUCAGUGAUUCCAUGACGGGUAAGGUUUUAUGUUAUGCUGCACACCCAUCACAUGUGCUUUACAUAUCCUGUGUCACGUUCUAUCUUCCUCUUUCUUCAUUUGAUGUUGGUAUAGUAAUGAUAUGUACUACGGUAGCGCUAUAUGUAAUAUAUUAUUGUUAUAUGUACUAUGGUAGCGCUAUAUGUAAUAUAUUACUGUAAUAUGUACUAUGGUAGCGCUAUAUGUAAUAUAUUAUUGUUAUAUGUACUAUGGUAGCGCUAUAUAUAAUAUAUUACUGUAAUAUGUACUAUGGUAGCGCUAUAUGUAAUAUAUUACUGUAAUAUGUACUAUGGAAGGGCUUUAUGUAAUAUAUAACUGUAAUAUGUACUAUGGUAGCGCUAUAUGUAAUAUAUUACUGUAAUAUGUACUAUGGAAGGGCUUUAUGUAAUAUAAAACUGUAAUAUGUACUAUGGUAGCGCUAUAUGUAAUAUAUUACUGUAAUAUGUACUAUGGUAGCGCUAUAUGUAAUAUAUUACUGUAAUAUGUACUAUGAUAGCGCUAUAUGUAAUAUAUUACUGUAAUGUGUACUUAGGUAGCGCUAUAUGUAAUAUAUUACUGUAAUAUGUACUAUGGUAGCGCUAUAUGUAAUAUAUUACUGUAAUGUGUACUAUGGUAGCGCUAUAUGUAAUAUAUUACUGUAAUAUGUACUAUGGUAGCGCUAUAUGUAAUAUAUUACUGUAAUGUGUACUAUGGUAGCGCUAUAUGUAAUAUAUUAUUGUUAUAUGUACUAUCGAAACGCUAUAUGUAACAUUACUGUAAUAUAUACUAUGAUGGCGCUAUAUGUAAUAUAUUACUGUAAGAUGUACUAUGAUAGCGCUAUAUGUAAUAUAUUACUGUAAUAUGUACUAUGGUAGCGCUAUAUGUAACAUUACUGUAAUAUGUACUAUGAUAGCGCUAUAUGUAAUAUAUUACUGUAAUAUGUACUAUGUUAGCGCUAUAUGUGAUAUAUUACUAUAAUAUGUACUAUGAUAGCGCUAUAUGUAAUAUAUUACUGUAAUAUGUACUAUGAUAGCACUAUAUGUAAUAUAUUACUGUAAUAUGUACUAUGGUAGCGCUAUAUGUAAUAUAUUACUGUAAUAUGCACCGUAUGGUUGUCCUGUAUGUAAUAUAUUGUAAUAUGUACUAUGGUAGCGCUAUAUGUAAUAUGUUACUGUAAUAUGUGCUAUGAUAGCGCUAUAUGUAAUAUGUUACUGUAAUAUGUACUAUGGUAGUGCUAUAUGUACCAUAUUAUUGUAAUAUGUACUAUGGUAGCACUGUUUGUAAUAUAUUACUGUAAUAUGUACUAUGGUAGCGCUAUAUGUAAUAUAUUACUGUAAUAUGUACUAUGAUAGCGCUAUAUGUAAUAUAUUACUGUAAUAGGUACUAUGAUUGCGCUAUAUGUAAUAUAUUACUGUGAUAUAUACUGUGGUAGCGCUAUAUGGAAUAUAUUACUGUUAUAUGUACUAUGGUAGCGUUAUAUGUAAUAUGUUACUGUCAUAUGUACUAUGGUAGCGCUAUAUGUACUAUAUUAUUGCAAUAUGAACUAUUGUAGUGCUAUAUGUACUAUUUUAUUGUAAUAUGUACUAUGGUAGCGCUAUAUGUAAUAUAUUCCUGUAAUAUGGACCGUAUGAUAGGGCGAUAUGCAAUAUAUUAUUGUAAUAUGUACUAUGGUAGCGCUAUAUGUAAUAUAUUACUGUAAUAUGUACUAUGGUAGUGCUGGAUGUAAUAUAUUACUCUGAUAUGUACUAUGUUAGCGCUAUAUGUAAUAUAUUACUGUAAUAUGUUCUGGGAUAGCGCUAUAUGUAAUAUAUUACUGUAAUAUGUACUAUGGUAGCGCUGUAUGGAAUAUAUUACUGUAAUAUGUACUAUGGUAGGGCUAUAUGUAAUAUAUUACUGUAAUAUGUACCGUAUGAUAGCGCUAUAUGUAAUAUAUUACUGUAAUAUGUACCGUAUGAUAGCACUAUAUGUAAUAUAUUAUUGUAAUAUGUACUAUGGUAGCGCUGUAUGUAAUAUUUUACUCUUAUAUGUCCUAUGGUAGCGCUGUAUGUAAUAUAUUACUGUAAUAUGUACUAUGGUAGCGCUAUAUGUAAUAUAUUACUGUAAUGUGUACUAUGAUAGUGCUAUAUGUAAUAUAUUACUAUAAUAUGUACUAUGAUAGCGCUAUAUGUAAUAUAUUACUGUAAUAUGUACUAUAAUAGAGCUAUAUGUAAUAUAUUACUAUAAUAUGUACUAUGGUAGCGCUAUAUGUAAUAUAUUACUAUAAUAUGUACUAUGAUAGUGCUAUAUGUAAUAUAUUACUGUGAUAUGUACUAUGGAAGCGCAAUAUGUUACUGUUUCCUGUAUUAUGGCAUGGUAGCGCAAUAUAUAAUAUCUUACUCUUACAUGUAAUAAGUGAUUUCUGACUUGGAUAUUGAUACAUUGUGUCACUUUCUUUCAGCUGUUGAAGGUAACGAUGGCAGCAUUACUAGUCACACUGUCACUGCUGUAACCGCCUUCCAUGCAGUCACUGAUUCCAUGACGGGUAAGGUUCUAUGUUAUGCUGUACACCCAUCACAUGUGCUUUACAUGUCCUGUGUCACGUUCUAUCUUCCUCUUUCUUCAUUUGAUGUUGGUAUAGUAAUGAUAUGUACUACGGUAGCGCUAUAUGUAAUAUAUUAUUGUUAUAUGUACUAUGGUAGCGCUAUAUGUAAUAUAUUAUUGUUAUAUGUACUAUGGUAGCGCUAUAUGUAAUAUAUUACUGUAAUAUGUACUAUGGUAGCGCUAUAUGUAAUAUAUUAUUGUAAUAUGUACCGUAUGAUAGGGCGAUAUGCAAUAUAUUAUUGUAAUAUGUACUAUGUUAGCGCUAUAUGUAAUAUAUUACUGUAAUAUGUUCUGGGAUAGCGCUAUAUGUAAUAUAUUACUGUAAUAUGUACUAUGGUAUUGUUAUAUGUAAUAUAUUACUGGAAUAUGUACUAUGGUAGCGCUGAAUGGAAUAUAUUACUGUAAUAUGUAAUAUGGUAGGGCUAUAUGUAAUAUAUUACUGUAAUAUGUACCGUAUGAUAGCGCUAUAUGUAAUAUAUUACUGUAAUAUGUACCGUAUGAUAGUACUAUAUGUAAUAUAUUAUUGGAAUAUUUACUAUGGUAGCGCUGUAUGUAAUAUAUUACUGUAAUGUGUACUAUGAUAGCGCUAUAUGUAAUAUAUUACUAUAAUAUGUACUAUGGUAGCGCUAAAUGUAAUAUAUUACUGUGAUAUGUACUAUGGAAGAGGAAUAUGUUACUGUUUCCUGUAUUACGGCAUGGUAGCGCAAUAUGUAAUAUGUUACUCUUACAUGUAAUAAGUUAUUUCUGACUUGGAUAUUGAUACAUUGUGUCACUUUCUUUCAGCUGUUGAAGGUAACGAUGGCAGCAUUACUAGUGACACUGUCACUGCUGUAACCGCCUUCCAUGCA